AUGGCUGAUAAGAUUACGCAUAUAACAGUUGCACUUGGACGACUGGAACAACAGUAUGUGGAGCAUAAAGAAAAGUUCGAGAAAUGGAAGUUGAACAAUAUAGCACAGUGUGGUACGGAAACAUAUAAUAAAUAUGUGGAAGAGUUCAAUGAAUGGGAGAAAGGUGUUAAAGAGCAACAAAGGCAACUGAUUGAGGAGCGUAAUAGCUUGAUCGCACCACAAGAUUUAGACACUACACUUGAUGGUUUGCUGGCACAAAUUUCACCGAAAGAUUUUAUUCUCGCUGUUGUAAUGAUGACUAGCAAAGAUCCUACAUUUUUCCCUGCACUACUUUCUGCUUUACAGAAAUUCCAAGCAUACGGUGAAGCGCGGCAAGCAAGUAUAUAUCAGGCAUAUGCAGCAUCAGCAGCAUCUUAUGCACCAGCUGCAAAUCGUCAAUACCCCUCGCAAAUUCAAUAUUCCAAUCCCAAAACAUUGCAAACUGCAAAUCCAUCGCAUCCGUAUGGUGCGAUACGAUCUGAUGUUCUAAUUGACGUAACUAAGCGUUCAUAUGAUCGAUUAGUUGGAGCCACAACAGGCGAUGAACUUACUGCACGCAAAAAUUAUCGAGCUCCUUCACCAGUUCGCGAUUAUCGAAAUCCCUCAACAUUACCUUUUCGCGAUUUUAGUCAAACAUAG